AUGUCUGAUUCAACGGGGAAUAUCCCCAACUACAACGAGAUUCUCUCGCAGAUCUCGGUGAAUCUCCACAAUGCAUUAAACACAUUCGGUGCCUCUUCUCCCCAGUAUCAGACAAUCCUCGAGAUCCUCAAAGAUACCCUCCGGAAAAUGAACCACGUGCAGGACCGCGAUGCCCGGGCCGUGGAUGCAGAUACGCUGAGUUUGGCACUGGGGUUCUUGGAGAUUGGAAACGCGGCAUCUGGAUGA